GAAAACAUGUUGCGAGUGCAGUUAGCCACAAGUGUGGGGAGUGCAGCUGUGUCACUGCUGCAGCAGUGUACUUCCAUUCUUCAGGCCCGAUCAAAAGUGCUUACUCGCUUUGGCAUACUUAUGCUUCUUUCUACUUGGUUAGCUCACUGCCCUCUUGCUGUGCAGACCUUCCUUGCAAUACCCACUGCUGUUCCAUAUCUUACUACUCAUGUGAGUGCUAAUGAGCAUGAUGAACUUGAGAUGGUUUGUCAGGGUCUUUGUGCAUUCCUGCUUGGUCUGUGUGUCCAGUUUAAUGACGGCAGUGGUAGCAACUUCUCAAGAGAGAGUCUCAAGCAGCUUGUGAGUGAUCGUAUUGGGGCAGAAAACUUUGGUGAUAAAUUGAGUAAUAUAUCAAGAACAGAAGUAUACUCAAAGGCUGCAAAAUCACCUCAGCUGGCAGCCAAAAAACCUUCAGAUCUCGUGUUUGAUCAUGAAUUCUGCAGGCUUUUCAAGAGUUUAGAAGUAUCGUGUGUACGGGCAGUAACUCCCCAACUGAUGGUUGGUAAUACUGCAGAGGUGUGCCCAGCAGAAGUCACUAAAUAUAAAGACAUUAUACGAGAUCAGGAUGCCGAGAUCACUCGGCUAAGGGAUCUCUUAAGAGACAUACAGAGAGAAAUUGAAGAAGUCAGAAGUGACAAAGAACAGUUGUCAUCUAAAGUUCAACAGCUUCAUGAUGAAAAUACAGUACUAAAAGCUCAACAAGGCAUUGCAGUAAAAUCUACAGCUUCAUCUGUAGAAGCAAAUAUAGUUGAAAACCAGAAAGAAAGCAGUGGUGAGAGCAUAGAAGAGUUAGCACAACAAGUAGCACUCCUUCAGCAACAGUUAGCAGAAGUAACCCAUGCACGGGAUUAUUAUUAUUAUGAAGUGUACAAAAAGGAAGCUGAACUAACAUCCUUGCAGCAGCAGCAACAGCAGGAGCAACAGCAUCAGCAACACCAACAGCAACAGGAACAGCAGCAGGAACAGCAGCAGCAGCAACCUACUCAACAAACAAUAGCUGCAAGUGACGUACAAUUCAACAACCAUUUUGAUGCCCAGAAUGCAGCCAAUUUCUUUGACUCACUCCCCAACCCUGAAAUGGAGAAUUUACGUAAACAAUUGGAAGAUCUGCAAUUAGUUCUUUAUAAUAAGGAUUCUGAGAUACAGCAGCUUAAAGAAUCACAAAUCUCAACACUGGGAAAUACCAAUGAAACAUCUAAUGGAGUCAUUGAUAAAGGAAAAGAGAACUCAGAUGAACAAAGAGAUAAAGAUGUAAAUAUGAACAUGAAGCUUGAACAGGAAAAUAUAUCUCUAAAACAAAGGUUGAAGGACACUGAGAUUCACAUUAAACAGCUUCAGACACAACUUGAAACAACAGCAGCAGUGGCAGCAGCAGCUGCAGUAGGAACAAGUUCAGGGUCUGCUGCUGAGGCAAGAUGCAGACAACUUGAAGAGGAAUUGGAUGCCAUUAAGCGAGAACAAGAGGAUCUUCUGGUCUUGGUGACUGACCAAGAUAGCAAAGUGUCUGAGUACAGGAGGAAGCUGAGAGGUUAUGGUGAGGAUGUCACUGAUGAUGAUGAUGAUGAUGAUGAAGAUGAUGGUGAUUUUGGCAUCAGUGAUGAUUAUGAUGAUGAUUUGGAGGAUAUCCAGUGACAAAUGGUGUUCUCCUAGAACAGGAGCACCAUUAAAAAAGUAAACAUGAGUCGUAUAUGAUUAAUCGUGAAAAACUGAAGGAUGCUGUUACGAGAAAAUUAGUCAAUUCUCAGAUUUACAAUUUUUUUUUUAACACCAAAGCAG